UUUCCCCAAUCUGCCGCCGCUUCGGUUCAUGGCGGAUCAGCUGCGAAGCGGAGGAGCGAAGCACUAGGAACAAGGUUGUCUAUUCAUCAUUUAGGCCAGGCCAGGAUCAACUUUACAUUGUUAACACUAUUCACAGUGCGUCUCUAAGUUCAUACAAGGUGUUCUCUAUCUAUUUCAGUAUUACAACAUGGACAUAAUGACAUCUGCAAGAGGAUGUGCAAGGUUAGCUUACGUUAAUUCGCAAGAGCCUGGUGAUGAAUCACAAAUCAAUGCUAUUGAUGUGGUGGAUGGGCUGCUAGUAGAAGAUGAUAUAGAAACUUCUCAGAAAAUAAGCAACGACCAGAUAACAAAAGCAAAGUCAGCUUCUACUUUAGGCUCAGUUAUAGCUCCAUGGCUGGCCAAAAGGGCUGAGUGCAGUUUCUCACUCAAAAGGGCUGGAAUUUUUGACUGGGCUGAUAUCCCCACCGCUGAUGAUUGCAGAACCAGUAUUGUUUCCAUGGAAAAUACAGGAGAUCGUGCUAAUGAUCAAGUGAAGCAUGUGGAUUCCCAAAGAUGUUGUGGCUAUGAAUCAGGUAGCAGGGCUCGUCCCAUACUAGAAUGCAUUGAUGAGGAAAGUGUUCAUUGUCUGAAGAAACCAGAACCAUUUAGUGGAACUGAUGAUUUAUAUCAAGAAUAUGAUAUUGGUCCAAAUACUCAGAUGGCAGCUGAAGCCAUGGAAGCAUUGUUCAAUGCUUCAACUGUCUGUUAUGACGUGAAGGGUACUGAAGGUUCUGCUGUAAUAAAUAUGACAACAGGAACCAAAGUUGAUAUGGCAUGUGCAGUUCAUUCACCAAUUCAAAAGAGAAAGGUAACCUGCUUGCGCCAGAGAUCAGGAGUGGCAACAGAAUACAAGCAAAUCAAGGUAGCUGAUGCAGUAAGGGAAAAUGGUGAAAGUCCAUUCUCUUAUGCAAAGCGUCCCAGCAUGUCAAAAACCAGGAAGUAUCCGAAACAGAUGGCAGGGAAAGCAAAAGGAAACAUCAAGAGUGGGAUUAUUCAAAGAGACAUAGAUCAUGAGGUGUCAGAAGUAGUCACAAGAUCAGGUACAGAUGACUUGCAUAUUCCUCUCUCACUAGGUACAGAUGCUUUAAUCCAUCCUAAAAGGAGGAGGACAUCUAUGUUUACCUCAGGAAGCUCGAAAAUUGAGUUCACUGAAUCUAUCAAGUUAACCGCAACAAGAGCCAAAACUACAGAAGUAAAGCAGCUUUCAACAGCUAAAAGAGUAAGCGUAUCUGAUCGAGAUACCUCAAGCGGCAUGAGAAUGAGCCAACAUUCUUCUUUAUCUGAUCAUGAAGCAUCAGCAGCCAGUUCAUAUUUCAAUCCACUCGGAGAAACUUCUAUUGUAAGGCUUGGAAAGCGCUCAAUACCUGAGAAGAAGGGUCAUGGCUCUAAUUUGAUGCACAGUGUACCACUUAGAGAGCUGAAUGGUGCAGGGCCCCAAGCUAGGAUGCUUGCAUCGAAGAAUACACUGAAGAGAGUCCUGAAAUCACCAGGUUCUAGAGAACUUGCUAGCCUUUUUAGAAAUGAAGUAACUCCAGUAUUGCAAUCAAGCAGGCGUAGGAGGCAUAUGUCCACAGUCCGUGUGCUACUUAGCCAAAGUAUGGACAGUGAAACCCUCAAUGAUCAAACAAAGAUUUUGAUACAUUUUGGAUUGUCGGUGGCAACAACUAUUUCAGAGGCUACACACUUCGUUGCUGAAAAGUUUGCUCGUACAAGGAACAUGCUAGAGGCAAUAGCUAUGGGCAUACCUGUAGUCAUACCAGCAUGGCUUGAGUGCUGCAGGGAAGCUAAGUGUUUCAUUGAUGAGAAAGGAUACAUACUGAGGGAUAUAAAGAAAGAAAAGGAGCUAGGUUUCAGCAUGCCUGUCUCACUAAGCCAAGCCUGCAACAAACCAUUGUUAGAGGGUAGAAGAGUGCUGAUCACACCAAAUGCUAAACCUAGCAAGGAGAUUUUGAAAAGUUUAGUAGUGGCUGCUCAUGGCAAGUACCAGCCAUAUAGCUGCAAGCUGUUGGAGAGAAACGCAAUGUCUAAGAUGAAGAAUAUAAGUUUAGUAGGAGCUUUUGUAAUCUCUUGUGAACAAGACUACAAAAUCUGUGCGCCAUUCAUUAAGAACGGUUUUGAGGUGUUUGAAUCAGAGCUUGUGCUGAAUGGUAUUAUCACCCAGAAGCUAGAAUUCGAAAGGUAUCGCCUUUUUCAUGAUAAAACCGUGUGAAGUGUCCGCAGGUCUGGACAAGUUUGAUAGUAUGCAACAAAGCGUAUUAUUGUACAUAUAAACUCCUAUAGUCCUCUAGUUACUCGUAUGUUCCCUUGCAAAUUUCCUAACACUUGCUGCAAGUAUUUAUGACUGCAUCCAAUGCCUGCCGUGACUUUCUAUGGGUACUCACCAUGUUCUUGUGUUAAGGAUGAGGAUACCAUCAACACGGUGACUAGUUUAGACCUGCCAUUGUCGGAUAACUAGUUGGCAUGACAGCUUCUUUUUUCUUUUCUUUUCUUUUCUUUUUUUUUUUUUGAGAAAGAGAGCGAGGCUCUUUCCCAUUUCCAUUAUCAGAAAUGAAAACACUACAGCAGUCUGGUUCUGGCAUGACAGCCUUGCCCAAGUGGAAACAUGUCAGCAACUAUGCCACGUAAUUGCUGAACUGGAUUUGUUCUCUGAUCACUUCUAACACUCAGCCAUGACGGAGAAAGCUUUAAAUCAGAGCUCAAUUCGUGAAUAUGAUGAUGGGGAAAUCGGUUUGGACGUGGUGAAGACAG